UUGUGCUGAGAACUCCCAAUCUCUCUCUACCAGCGUUCCUCCCUCAUAUUCCCUCACCGUUUUUCCUGCUGUGACUGACCAUGGCCACCACGAGACUCGAGCAACCUCACCACCACCAUCGCCCCCACCACCGACAGCACAUUGUCGUCAUGCGCCAUGGUGACCGCCUCGACAGCGUCGACCGGUCGUGGCCGGCCACUGCCCCAAGGCGGUGGGACCCGCCGUUGGCCGAGGUCGGGUGGGCCAGGGCGCGCGAGACGGCCAAGCAACUCCCCUCCCAGCUCGGGUUCCCGAUCCACCGGAUCGUGGUGUCUCCAUUCCGGCGGUGCGUCGACACCGCUCUUGGAUUGAUUGCCGGUCUCUCGACCCCGGGCGAGGACCCCAGUGUAGUGACGGGCGACAAUGGCAUCAACCCAUCGAAAGUCAAGGUAUCUAUAGAGUAUGGAUUGGGUGAGCUGUUCAACGAUGUGGCAAUCAAAUAUCCUCAUCCUAAUCCUGUGGACCAUGCGGAUUGGGGGUUCAAUAUUCCUGAGAUCGAAACUUUGAUCCCAUCAAACAUUUUGGAUCGUACAGUAAAGCCGGUGUUCAAUGAGCUGCCGCACUGGGGAGAGACUGAGACAAAGGCAAGAGAUAGAUAUCUCCACACUUUUCGUUCUCUUGCAGAUAGCUACCCUUCAGAAAAUUUGCUGCUUAUUACUCACGGAGAGGCAGUGAAGGUCGUGAUAUCGACAGAUUUGGAGGAUUGUGCGAGCUUCAAGGUUAGGAUGGAUUAUUGCGGUUAUGCACAACUUACAAGACAAGUCAUUCAAAAGGACGACGAAUUAGAUGUGAGCGAGUUCGAGCUUCUGGGGAACUAUGGCCAAACCGGCAUCUGCUGCUUGCCAAGGAUACCAACGUGAUGGAUAACCUCAUGUCGAAUGUUGCACGAUUUGUCAUAGUACAUAAGAUGGAUGGCAUAAGAGCUUGCUUUUAUGAUUUUUUUUUUUCAUUAAUUCUUCCAUAUAUUAGGAGGAUUCUCUUGCUCAUUAGGACAGACGAUUACUGAAUGUUUUAUUCUUUUUAUGAUUCAACAUUGAAUGUGAUAUGUUCUUUUCUCUAAUUUUCU